GUAAUGGCAGACCAAAGCAAACGUAGAUUCUUUGUCAUUUCAGACCAAAGCAAACGCAGAUUGUAUGUAAUUGCAGACCAAAGUAAACGCAGAUUGUGUGUAAUUGCAGACCAAAGCAAACGCAGAUUGUUCGUUGUUGACGGAGGCGGGCCAGAAAUGCACGGGAAAUCCCCGGAUGUACCACGGCAAGAAGUGUGCCUCUACGACGAGAUACGUGGGGUACCGCAUGGGCGCGUGCGGCUGUGGUACCCCUAACAACGACACGAUGUUUCCGUGGAGCAAAACAGGGUGGGCGGUGGCAGCCAAUCAGGCCCUGUUCGACGCCGGCGGCGCUAAAUGGUGCGGUCAGUCAUGCGGUAAAUGCGUCAAGCUCACCACUACUGGCGGUUUCGUCGACGGCCAGGGCCAUGCCCCGGCUGAGAACCAGUCGCAUGUGUUCAUGAUAACCAACCUCUGCCCCAACACGUACCCAAACCUGAGCUGGUGCAGUCAACAAGCGAGUAAUGGCGGUGUCAACCAGUAUGGCUACGGAUGGCACUUUGACCUCGAAAACGCCAAUAACCAGAUCACCGGGAUGGACUGGGGGAACCCGGAAGUGACGUGGGAAUGGGCCGACUGCGACGCCGGUCACGCCCAUGAUAGCCGCACGCCGAGUAACAGCAAUUACCAUACAUGUCAGUGCGGACAUCAUGGCAAAAAAUAACGCUUGUGUAAUUUUGAAGAUGUGUAUGCAAAUAAAAAAA